AUGGCCACCGAGAACAUACACCCCCCAGCUACUUCCAUCGAGAAGGACCCGAACGGUGUCAAUGGCGUUCAGCAACGCCACCACCAUGAUAUCUCGCAGGUGAACUCUGGCUAUGCCGCGGCAACAGGAGGCUCACUGAACCCUGGGCUGUGGAAGCCUUACGAGCACCGCAAAUUCGCCAACCCAGCGCCGCUCGGGCUCUCCGCCUUCGCCCUGACUACUUUCGUGCUCUCCGCCAUUAAUACCCACACUCGCGGCGUCAAGGAGCCCAAUAUUGUCGUUCCCUUGGCCUUUGGUUACGGCGGCCUGGUCCAGCUGCUCGCGGGCAUGUGUCUGACCAACUGUGCCAGGGAGAUUGCCUGUGGUAAUACUUUUGGCGCCACUGCCCUGUCCUCUUACGGUGGCUUCUGGAUUUCGUAUGCCAUCCUGUUGACGCCCAACUGGGGAAUCACCGCGCCUGCCGGGCCGUACGAGGGAAAUGUUUCCAGUCCACUGGGAUUUUUCUUGACCGGCUGGUUCAUCUUUACCACGAUACUCCUUCUCUGCACCCUCAGAUCGACCGUCAUGUUCUUCCUGCUCUUCUUUACUCUUGAUCUGGCCUUCCUGUUCCUUGCUUGCGAGCAGUACGCCAAUGACAUGGGUAACGCCGCCGCCGCCGUCGCCCUGCAGAAGACUGGCGGCGUGUUCGGCUUCCUCGCCGCCUUUCUUGCCUGGUACUGUGCUCUGGCUGGCAUGCAAGACAGCAGCAACUCCUUCUUCCAGGUCCCCGUCUUUCACUUCCCCUGGUCUGACAAGGCUCGCGAGGAUCGCCAGAAGACGGACCGUGAACAGGCUUGA